AUGAAAUCGGAGAGAGCUCAGGAAUUCACCCUCACGCUCUGGUCAAUCUGGAUACAUAGGAACAACAUCGUCUUCCGAAACCAGAAUUACACCGCUACAGCUAUCUACCAGAGAAUAGAGGCACUCAGGCACGAAUACGCAGAAAGCAGAAGGUUAAGAGGAACAUAUCAUAGGAGUUCUCAGACAAGCCCCAAUGUUCAAGAGCCUUUGCAACAUCAAAACAAUUCACAUCCCGAGUCAACAUGUAUCAUUCUGGUAGACGGAGCUUGGAAAAGGUAUAAAAACCAACAUCCAAGAGCAGGUAUAGGAUGGGUGGCUUCAGUGAAUAACGUCAAAAUUUUUGGGGGAAAAGCGAUUAUCUUGGCCUUAACCCCACUACAGACUGAAGCUUACGCCCUUUUUCAAAGUAUGCAAGAGGCACACACCAAAGGGAUUACUCAGGUGGCUUUCAAAUCAGACUGCGCAGAGCUUGUUCGAGCAAUUGAAAGUCAACAUCAAGCUUACGAGAUAACCACCAUCAUCCAAGAUAUUAGAACCAUUAGGCACAAAUUUAUUUCCUGUGAUAUUGUAAAGGUAAACAGAACAGAGGUAGAACCAGCUCAUGAGCUUGCUAGAGCAGCAAGACAAGGUAACCUAGGGAGUUAG